UCUACCACCGCAAAUCAUGAAAACAUCUCUGUUCCUCCUUGCCCUCUGUCUGCUGGCUUGUUCAGUUUGGGAGAUCCAUGGCCAAUGCCAAGAGGUUGACCCUGAUGACCAGGAAGUAGUGGAAGCACAGCCGGAAAAGCACAUGGAACAACAGCUAAAGGGAACCUGCUGGGUGUGUAAGUGGGCACUGAACAAAGUGAAGAAAUCCAUCUCCACUUCCUCUAGCCCGGAGGAGCUAAAGCAGAAGCUAUUGUCCGUUUGCGAUAAUGUUGGCUUCCUAAAAUCUAUGUGUGAAGACCUGGUGAAAAAACACUUGUGGGUGCUGAUUGAGGAGCUUAGCACAAGCGAUGACGUGAGGACCAUCUGCGUUAAGAUUAAGGCCUGCAAACCAAAGGAAGUUUUGGACCUGAGCUACUGA